AUGGCAAAGCCUUUUUCUAAUGAUUCUAGUGCAGUCACCAUCCUCUCAAAGUGCACUGUUUUUCCAGACAAAAAGUCAUCUCUUGGAGACUUAAAACUCUCUGUCUCAGACCUCACCAUGAUAUGUUCUCAGUACAUCCAAAAAGGUUGUCUCUUCACAACACCAUCUAUCCCCUCUCAAACACUCAUUCCUCACCUUAUAACUUCUCUCUCCAAAACCCUAUCUCUAUUCCCUCCACUGGCUGGCCGUUUGGUAACUAACCCCGAUGGUUACAUCUACAUCUCAUGCAACGACGCUGGCGCUGAUUUCAUCCAUGCAAACGCCACUCACCUAACUACCAACGACCUUUUGUCACCGUCUGAUGUCCAUGCUGCCUUCAAGCAAUUCAUCCCUUUUCACUGUAAAAUCAACUACUCCGCUCAUUUCUCACCAAUCUUGGCUAUCCAGGUCACUUACCUCGCUGACGGAAUCUUCAUCGGUUUCGCCGUAUCCCACGCUGUCUCUGACGGUACUACCGUCUGGAACUUCUUCAACACGUUCGCUGAGAUUUCCAGGGGAGUCACACAACCUAGUAGAAUCCCGAACUUUCGCCGGGAUUCCAUUCUCAACUCAAAAGCCGUCCUCCAUUUACGAGAGGACGACAUCAAUGUAACUCCCAAAACUGACGAGCCUGUACGUGAGAGAAUUUUCACUUUCACUCGCGAAGCAAUUCAGAAGCUAAAAGCAAGAGUGAAUCGCAACCAUACAUCACCGGCGGAGAUCUCAUCGUUCCAGUCGCUCUCCGCUCUAAUGUGGCAAUGUGUUACACGCGCUAGGAAACUUGAGGGCACAAAAACAACGACUGUUAGAAUAGCGGUGAAUAUUCGUAACCGUUUGGAGCCAAAGUUAUCGGAGUAUUAUUUCGGUAACGCGAUUCAGAGCAUUGCUACGUAUGCAUCUGCAUGUGAUGUGGUUGAUAAGGAUCUUACGUGGUGCGCGGAGCAGUUGAACAAGAAUAUUAGCGAGUACGAUAGUGAUAAAGUGAGGCGCGUCGUAGAGGAUUUCGAGCGCGAGCCGAAAGCGGUUAAGAUGGGGAAUCAUGAUGGUGGGAUAGUGCAGAUUGGUAGUUCGCCUAGGUUUCCGAUGUAUGAUAAUGAUUUUGGAUGGGGGAGGCCGGUGGCGGUGAGGAGCGGCGGAGGGAAUAAGUUUGAUGGGAAGAUAUCGGCGUUUCCGGGAAAGGAAGGCGGUAAUUCAGUGGACAUGGAGGUGGUUUUGGCAACAGAAACGAUGAGGAUUCUUGAGAAUGAUCCUGAGUUUUUGCUUUACGCUUCUUGA